AUGGCCAAAUCGAAAGCUACCAAGAAGUUCGAAAAGAACAAACUGACAAAGGUCAUCGAGCAGCGGAAUGCCGUCAAGAAGAUAAAGCAACGGGUUAAGACUUCGAAGAAGCGAAAGACUGAAGAUCGAGAAUACUAUAACGACGAACAAGCCUCAGGUGACGAUGAAGAAGCCAAGAAGAAGAAGAAGCCCAAGGGUGCUUCGGCGACCGAUGGCGAACUAUUCGAAAAUAUGAGUGUAGAGCAAUUCUUCCAAGGAGGGUUCGAGGUGCCGUCGCAGCCAGCAAAGGAAAGCAAGAAGAAAGAGAAGAGUGGGAAGCGAAAGAGGGACGAGACGGAAGGAGAAGCAAUCGCUGAAGGAGGUUCGGAACCAGAAGGCGAGGGAAGCGACACAAUCGAGGGCCACAAAGACCAGUUGGCAGCACUCGCAGAGAAGGACCCCGAGUUCUUCAAAUACUUGCAGGAGAACGACUCGGAGCUGUUGGAUUUCAAGAUGGCGGAGCAGGACGACCUUAGUGCGAUCAGCGAUCUUGAAGAUGAUGAUGAAGAAGAAGAAGCACCUUCGAAGAAGGGCAAGAAGGGCAAAGCAGAGGGUGACGACAAGUCGAAAAUCGUCAAGAAAGCACAAAUCGAACAAUGGGAAAAGUCGUUAAAAGAGCAAAAUAGCUUGAGGGCGACAAGAGAGGUUGUUCUAGCAUUUAGAGCUGCUGCGCACGUAGGAGAAGCAGAGGAAAAGAACUUCAAGUAUUCGAUUGCGAGCCCUGAUGUUUACCACGAUUUGCUUGUUCUUGCGCUGAAGCGGAUACCAGAGGUUCUCAACCAUCAUCUUCCUGUAAAGGAACUACCAAGCGGCAAAAUACGUAUUUCCACCGACUCUGCCAAGUUCAAGACCCUCACAACCCUCCUCAAGUCCCAUUCAUCUUCUCUCCUACACUUCCUCUCCAACCUAACAGACUCGUCCACCAUAAAACUCGUCCUAAACUCUACCCUCGGCCUCAUCCCAUACCUUCUCUCAUUCCGUCGAUUUCUCCGAGAUUUUGUGAAGCAGGUCGUUGAAAUUUGGUCAUCACCCUCAACCGAGGACUCCGCUCGGGUAACCGCUUACCUGGUCCUCCGAAAGCUCGUUGUCAUUGGAGACUCGACCCUCCAGGAAGCCUGUCUCAAGGCCGCAUAUAAUGGUCUCCUCAAGGGCUGCAGAGGAACAACCACACAUACCCUCCCAAGUAUCAAUCUCAUGAAAAACGGCGGUAUCGAUCUCUUCGGUGUCGAUGAGGACCUUUCUUAUAUGCUCGGAUUCAGCUACAUCCGCCAACUAGCCGUCCAUCUACGAAACAGCAUUACAAAUAACUCAAAGGAAAGCUACAAGCAAGUUUACAACUGGCAGUAUGUGCACUCAUUAGACUUCUGGUCUAGAGUACUCGCUACACAUUGCGAUGGACUAAAGCAGGCAGAGAAGGGCAAACAAAGCCCGCUUCACCCGUUGAUAUACCCACUCGUACAAGUCACGCUAGGCGCCGCACGGUUAAUACCUACUGCGCAAUAUUUCCCACUACGGCUACAUCUAGUCAGGUCGUUGAUCCGUCUGUCGAGACAUACUGGGACUUAUAUCCCCCUCGCAUCGAUAAUCCUAGAAAUCCUGACCUCGAAUGAGAUGAAGAAGGCACCAAAGGCGUCUACUCUAAAACCCCUGGACUUCGCUACAAUCAUCAGAGUACCGAAAAGUUAUCUACGAACCAGAGUUUUGCAAGAUGGUGUUGGAGACCAGGUUGUUGAGGUCCUUAGCGAGUUCUUUGUGCUAUGGGCUACGAGCGUGGCUUUCCCGGAAUUGAUCGUUCCGCCGGUGAUGAUUGUGCGAAAGUACUUGAAGAAGGCUAGUACGCCUGGUACGGGGAAUAAAAAUGUUAGGUUUAAUAAUGCGUUGGCUGGGUUGGUGACGAGGUUGGAGAGUAAUGCUAAGUGGAUUGAAGAGAAGAGACGGGAUGUUAACUUCGGACCUGGAAGAAUGGAUGAGGUUAUGGGAUUCUCGAAGAGUUUGGAGUGGGAGAAGAGUCCCUUAGGUGUUUAUGUUAUCACGCAGAGAAACGUGCGAGACGAGAGGAGGAAGAAUUUGGAAGAGGCGAAGAAGGAAGAAGAGAUGCGGGAGAAGAAACAAAAGGAAAGUGGAAAGACCAAGGCGAAUAAGAACAAGAAGUCAAAACAGACCGCAGAAGAAGAGGAAAGCGAUGAGGACAUUAGCGACGAUGACGAUGAAGAGAGCCUACAGUUCGAGAGCGACGAGGAUGACGAAUGA